UGGCGGGGACAGCUGCUCUCGCGCAUACACAUACACACACACACUCACACGGUGUUGUUGUUGUCAUCACCCUCGCCUCAGACAGAAGAGCUCCGCGCUCGCCGCCGUCGCCAUGUCUUCCCCUCAGGAAUCGCCUCACCACAACAAUAACAACAACCCGCCGCCUGAGGGGACGCCCACCGAGCCGGGCCUGAACAGCUCCUGGGUAGAGUUGCAGAUGAAUGGAAAUGGCAAUGACAAUGGCAAUGCAAAAAAUGGGGGUCUGGAACAUGUUCCUUCUUCAUCUUCAAUCCACAAUGGAGACAUGGAGAAGAUACUUCUAGAUGCUCAGCAUGAGUCCGGGCAGAGCAGUUCUAGGGGUAGUUCUCACUGUGACAGCCCUUCUCCUCAAGAAGAUGGACAGAUAAUGUUUGAUGUGGAGAUGCACACAAGUAAAGACAAUAGUUCUCAGUCCGAAGAGGAAGCAGUAGAAGGAGAGAAGGAGGUGGACAUUUUGAAGAAAAGUGCUGACUGGGUAUCAGACUGGUCAAGUAGACCUGAAAACAUUCCUCCCAAGGAGUUUCAUUUCAGACAUCCUAAACGAACAGUAUCUUUAAGUAUGAGAAAGAGUGGAGCCAUGAAGAAAGGUGGCAUUUUCUCAGCUGAAUUUCUUAAGGUUUUCAUUCCAUCUUUGUUCAUAUCUCAUGUUUUGGCUUUGGGACUAGGUAUCUACAUUGGAAAACGACUGACCGCACCUUCAGCUAGUACUUAUUGAAAGAAGCGGUGAACAAAACCUGGAAAUCCUUGUGAUCUGUGAAGGUGUUAAUGUCACACUAGUACAUUUUGAACUUGAGACAAUUUUAAGCAUGACCCCCCUUCCCUGCCUCCACUUUGUUUUUACAUAUCCAGGUUCCAGUAAUUCUUGGAAUUCAGUAUUGUAUCGGAACUCUGUGGAGGUGUCUCACUAGGCUCCUUACCCCUUUCCCUAGCUGCCCUCCACGUCUUGCAAGACACAUCAGAGUUGCCUAACAGAGUUUACAAUUGCCUAUAUGUUGCAAGGGCUUCUUUCAGUGCAAAGUGCCACCAGCAAAUUAUAAUUUCGUCAGCGAUGCUGUUGCCUCCUCUUUACUACAGCAAGAAAUAAUCUGCUCAGUGCAUAUUUGAAAUGAUGAGUAUAACAAUCUCCAGUCUCCAAAAGAAUCUGAGAAUUAACUGAAGCUGGUUGUAAAACAAACUAAAAGUCAUUAGCAGUUAUUUUUCUUUAAGUGUAGCUUAUUUUACAAGUCUCUUGACUAAUGCUUUUAGUUUUCCAGAGGCAAAAACUGCACAAAAUCGAAGCAGAAUAAUAAUAAAAAGAUUCAUUAGCAACUUUUAAUAUUGAGUAACUCUCAUUUUUUCUAUGAAGUAGUGAGUUAAUUUCUGAUAGAAAAGCCUGACAUCUAGAAAUCGUUUAAACAAAGGAUUGCAUUACUUGCAUGUGAAGAAGCUUCUAGUAUUCAUUAGCAUUUUAUUUAAUGAAAGUUUUCCUUUUAAAAGUAGUUUGACUUGAAGUAUUUUUUGAAGUAUUUAGGCUAUAUGUAAAAGGAGAUUCUACCUGUUAAGGAACCACUUACAAUUUACAAACGUAUGGUCGUUUCAGCAGCUGCUUGAGGCACCCUACCCAGAAACAGUCUUGCAGUUGUGUGAAACACAAUUUACAAAGCUCUGAACUAUCUUAUGUGGUUAAGUUUCCAUUCUCCCAUUUUUAUGGCUUGUUGAAUUUCCCUUGGCAAUACCUGAAAUCCUUAGUGAUAUCUUGUAUAGCUAGGUAGAAAUCUCGCUAAUGGGAGCACUCAGCCUUGUCCUCCUUUGGUUACCAUUAUUAUUAUUAUUAUUAUUCCAAAAUGUGAAGCUUAGUUCCAAAUUGUUUCAACAUACAUAGGCAAACAAAUGUCCCUAAGUAGAUUUGUAUUGGAUUUUGGAACACGUAGCAUGAUUCUGAAGGACAGAGUGCUCUGUUUUAUAUAUAAAUAUAUAAAUGACAGGCUUUAAUACUGCAUAUUUAGGAAACUAUUAUUAAUUUCAAAAUUAGAAAAAUUCCAUUGAAAUAGACUGUAUUAGACAGCAAAAAUAUACACGAAAAAUAAGAAUGGGCAAACCUGUAGAAACAGGUAUUUCAUUUUUCUUUUUGUAGCAGGCUUCUGAAACUUGACAUUUUUGGGCAGUGUAAGCAUAGUGGCUUAUGCCAGUGAAAAGAGGUAAACUUUAUGAAGCAGAAAAGAUAAGCAUGAAAUCCAUUCCUAAACUAUGUUUGUUUCAGUUGUUGAUUCUGUAACACUUAAAGGCUUCUUUUUUAUUUUGCUAAUUCUGUGAUAACAUCCAGGUCUUUUUUUCCUCUUUGACUUUGAAUGAUAGCACUUGUAUUACUUGCAAAUAUGUAUUUAUUUCCUGUGUGGAUAUUGGGGUAAUUUUGAGGUGAUUAAAUAAAGGAUUUUAAAAGAAAAUAACAUCAAACAAACAUGCCUAGAAAGGAUUAAAAGUCUGACAGUACUUUCAACACCAAUUAUUGUAUCCUAUUUUGUAAAAGAAUUGGAAUAUGGAAGAAUGUGCUUGGAAUCGGGACCAUGUUCAUUUAAAACAAAUAAAGCUUCAUUCCUUUCCGAAUUACAUGAUGAUUAAUACGCAGAAUACUCUGUGAUAAAUUAGUAAAUCUACAUGCUUGUGACUAAACACCUUCACUAAUAUUUUUCAAGCAGCUGUGAGAUUAAAAUUGCAGAUGGAAAAUUACCGUAGGCAUUUGAAUACUUGAUCACUGUCAGGUUUAUUGCCAUGCAGCGAUACAAAGCAAUAUUUAUUGAUAAGUGACUGUAAGAUUGAAAGAUGGUGACUUCUUGGUCUACUGUGAAAUGGACCAGAUUGUUUAUAAUUGGAAAAGGGGGGGGGGUAAUCAACUAUAAAGCUUUCAUAAGUUAAACAUUGUUAAGAGACAAUUCUGUGGUCCCUGGAGAACUUCUAGGCAUCAUAGGAUUUUUCGGAGUCCUAUUUCCAAGGCCAUGGGACUCCAAAAUCCUAUCUCUUUCUGUCUCCUCGCAGCAACCACAAAAAUAACCACAGCACCCCCUUUCUAGGGUUGCAACUUUGGCAUAGAAGGGCCCUGUUGAUAUCUGAAAAUAGGAUGUUCCAGUGGGCAGGGGGAGAAGAGGAGAAUCCAGGAUACGAAGAAUCCUAUGGCUUCUCCAGCCCUGCCUCCUCUAGACAAGCUCAGACACCCAUCUAACUGGAAAAUAAACAACAUGAGGAUGGAGAGGUGAAAAUCACCUCCAUCGCUCCUUCUGCCCUUCCAGGAGCAGCCUGGCAGGGCAUUGGCUCCUCGGAAGCCUCUGAGUUUGGAAGCUUCCAUCUAAUGGGGGCGCAUCCCAUAGGGUUGUACCCUAAAUAGGUUUUUUUUCCUGUUUACAGCUUUGGGUGGAAAUGCAGACCUCGUUUUUCAAAUGAUCAGUGAGAAACGUGGCUUAAAAUACUUGUACAUAGGAUCAAGCAGAAAUGCAUAAACUUGCACAUUCAAGAAAAUGCAGCUGGCUGAACUGCAACACUAACAAAACAAAACCCACCUAGUUAACUGUUUUUUAGAAAAGAAAGUUGCGUUGCUGAAAUUAUUGGAGUUAACUGAGCCAAAGUGAUUAUGCAUUCUUCAUAUUUAGUUAGCACUUUGUAACAUUAUAUACAGUUUACAGUAGAUGUAUAAGUUGUAGCGAUAAAAAUUUUGUGCCAUUAAAGCUGUCACAAAACUGAA